CGAAGUGCACAGCUGCACAAGGCAGGUUUUUUUCGGGAAAAAAAACCCACAAUCAGAUUUCAUCCAAAUCAGAAUCGACUCGCAGAUACAAAAGAUGUAAAUGUAUUCUCCUUUGUAAUAUGGUGUUCUCACUAAAGCUACUUACACAAAAAUAGGACAGUUGUAAGGAUGGAAAUAUUCCAAAUACGACACAAGAUUUUGGCAACGAGUCGAUACUUAACACAUGACUAUUUUAUUAGCAAUACCUAAGGGAACGCUUAAGAACUGAGCUACCGCGACAGGUCGAACUCGUGGAUGUGUGCAGAUUUUACUACGUUUUACAGUUUCACAUACUAUCUAGUGGAAUGAAUUUAGUCUAAUAGUUUGGGUGGCCCUUACCUUUUUUAAGGAUUUCAAAUGUAUUUUGAUAAUUCCUGGAUAUAAUACAUUGAUUUUACGCUUACUGCGAGUCUGACCUUGCCUAUGAAUGACAUCGAACACUCUAAGAUGAUAGUACUUUUCAAAACUGUUUCAAUAGUUUCAUUAAGAUGUGAUGUAACAGAAAAUAUAAUAGAACAUGGGAAUGAAAGUACCGUGCAAUUAUACCAGCAAUGGAGUUUUGGGGCGGAGGAAGUUUUACUAGCACUUUCCAAAGUGUCAUAAUAAUCCAACGGGAAAUAGUCCUUCAUAAUUGGGUGUAUGAAAAAUCUUCUUGCCUGAUGAAGUGUUGAUGCCGUUCCGUGAUACUUUUUUCUUUUUACUGUAUGUAAGGAUCAUGACGAAUUUUAAGCUCUACUACUUGUGGAUUAUGUAUUUCUAUGUAACAGUGCUCACUAGAUUAGUAGGAACAUCACCAUUAGUUGUGUGUAAACAAGCUUACCAGUCAUCAACCAAUGACUCUUUUGUCGCCAGCCAUGGUUGUGAUGACGACAUGGAGACUUUCUCUCUGACCAAUGCUGGGUAUUUUGAGGUGUGGUCUGUUGAGCUGGACAAUACUUACAUAAUUCAUUGGAUUUUCGUCAGCAUUGAUGCGGGUAAUAAAAAUUUCAUACUUUCAUCGUGAUUUCGCAAGUAUUAUUCAAUCAAUGAUGAACUAGUCUCGUUCUUUUUAUAUUUUCAAAAGCAGAAUAUCAAAUAUAUGUUGUUAAUACUGAUGGUCAAAGGAAUGCCGAGUACCUGUGUCUAGCUGAAGGAAUUAAACUAAGAUCAUCCCAGCGACUGAUCGCGUGUGAAUAUCCUGAUUAUGUCGACGGGAAGGGGAAUAAAAUUGAAAUUCGACAAAUACGAUAUGGAUCAUUGAGAAUAUAUGAAGUUAAGCCUAUAGGACCAUCUCGUUUGGGUCAAACAAUGGUACAGAAUUGUACGGAUCUGGAACCAUUUUCUAAAGCUUUAGACGGCAACAUGAACACAUUUUACCAUUCAAAGGAAAAUGCCCAGGCCUCUUGGUUCCUUAAACUGGAUAAAAACUAUGUGGUGAAAUGGAUACUGUUAUCAAUGAGGGGAGGAUACUAUGAAUUACACAUUAAAGAUGGUGACGUAAGAACCAGUUCGUCUACACUGUGUCGGAAUUUCAGUUUUACUGGACCAAAUGAAUUAAAACAAAACAACAAAGCCUUGGAAUGUAACAGAGAAAUGACAGGGAAUUCAGUUGUAAUAAUAAGGACAGAUGGUGGACCAUUGAGGCUGUUUGAAGUGUACCCCAUCAUUUGUCCAGAAAAACACUACGGACCAAACUGCGCAAAAUGCAGGAUGGAGUGUAUAUCCUGUAGUCCGAUCACUGGUGUAUGUUACCGAUGUAAUGACGGGUUCUAUGGUGAUUUCUGUCAACACACAUGUCUAGAAAAGUGUUUGAACUCGAUGUGUGACCAGAUGACACGUGAAUGUAAAGGCUGGAAAACAGAAAUUACUACACACAGCACCAUUUAUGUCAAAGAUGCACCUGUUACCAAGGAAAUGGGCAUCAUACAAGAUUGGAAAAUAGAAAGUGUUACACACAGUACCUUCUCUGACGACGAGACACCUAUCACUAAGAAAAUGGACGUCACACACGAGGGCAGGUCCAACAGAGGGAACCAGACUCAGUCCACCAUAAAAUGUUCUAAGAAAGAAUACCAGAAAAUUGUGAUCGUUCUUGCAUCGCCUGCAUUCCAGCGGUUCAAGUCUGCCUACUCUGUACCAUGCAUCAGCUGCUUUACAGAUGUUUAUCAGUAA